CCUUCGCGGGUUCGCGAGUUCGCGGGUCUUUGUCUCGCGCCAUCUUUACACUUGAUCGGUCAGCUGAGCCGGGCAGUCGGGGUGCCUCAGGCCUGUCAGCUGUCGGAGGCGGACGCGGGCACCAUGAGGAACUUGCAGCCUGACAGUGUGGAGAACUCCUUGAGUCAACUCCCCAGUCGAAGUCUUGAAACCCGAAAGCAGAAGAGAAGCUACAAGAAGAGGCCAGUCACCUACAGUCACUGGAGAUGGUCCCAGCGGAAUAGAGCAAGAAAACAUAAGGUGCCAGUAAAGGGGUUGGUGUCCUUUGAGGAUGUGUCUGUGGACUUCACCUGGGAUGAAUGGCAGGACCUGGAUGAAGCUCAGAGGAAGCUCUACAGGGACGUGAUGCUGGAGACGUACAGCAGCCUGGAGUCCUUGGGCCACUGCAUUACCAAACCUGAAGUGAUCUUUAAGUUGGAGCAAGGAACUGAGCCGUGGAGAGUAGAAGACGUCCCAAAGCAGAGACAGCCAGAUGUCCAGAAAGUAACAAAACUGAACGAAACCAGCCAGGACAAUGAAGAGAGACAUUUGUGGCACCUCGUAAUUACCACCAGCAACACGCCAACCAAGGAGAAAGUUAAAUUUGGAAAACUACUUAAUGUGAGCUCAAACCAUGUUUCAAAUCUGACUGUAAAGAAUGGAAACUCCUCAGGAGUGAGGCCUGAGGCACUUACUGUGUGGCAGAGCGUAACUCCCCCUAAUGAGACUGAGGACAUGCGGACAGGAGAGGAACUUGAUGGCUCUCUGACUAGCAAGCCCCCCAUACACACAGAGCCGCAUGGGUUGUAUAACAGAGCUCCAGGUACUCAACAGCAGUUUCAAUGUUGUAGUCAAGAAGUGCCCUGCAAUACAGAGGCAUUAUGGAUGAAUAAGAGGUUUCACAUUGCACAAAGGUCUAGUAAAUUUGGUGUGCCUGAGAAAGCACCUGAUGAGGUAGCUCUUAAUGCCCAAGAGAUGAGUUGGGUACGAGAAGAAACUUAUGAAUGUAGUAUUUGUAAGAAAACAUUCUGCACAAAGUUUAAGCUCUCUAAACACAAGAAAAUACACAAAGGACAGAAAUAUUACACAUGUAGGGAUUGUGAGAAAACCUUCAUUAAGAAAUCAUACCACAAAGACAAGAGGAUACAUGUGGGAAUCAGGUCCCAUAGAUGUAAACAAUGUGAGAAAUGUUUUCAUCAGAAAACCCAGCAAAAUGUGCACCAGAGAGUCCCCAGUGGAGACAAACUCUAUGAAAUUUAUCAGUCUGAAAAAAGUUUCAGCGAGAAGCCAAAUGUCAGACGCUAUCAGAGGAUCCGUGCAGGUUAUAAACCCUACGGAUGUAACGUGUGUGGAAAGUCAUUUUACCGGAAGUCACACCUCGGCAGGCACCAGCGAAUUCACACAGGUGACAAACCCUAUGGUUGUAAAGAGUGUAAGAAAACUUUCUAUCAUAAGUCCUCCCUCACGAUACAUCAGAGAACUCACACAGGUGAGAAGCCCUACGAGUGUAAAAAAUGCCGAAAAACAUUCUACUGUAAGUCAGACCUGAAUGUCCAUCAUAGAACUCACACAGGUGAGAAGCCGUAUGAGUGUGACAAAUGUAGGAAAACGUUCUACUCUAAGUCACACCUCGUUAUCCAUCAGAAAGUUCACACAGGUGACAAACCAUACGAAUGUGAAGAAUGUCAGAAAGCCUUCAAUCGCAAGUCAAACCUUACCGUGCAUCAGAAAACACACACAGGGGAGAAACCGUAUGAAUGCACUGUAUGUGGGAAAACUUUUCACCGGCGGUCACACCUCAACAUGCACCAGGGGACUCAUACUGGCGAGAAACCCUACAAAUGUCAAGAGUGUGGGAAAGAGUUUUACCAGAAGUCAAGCCUCAGCAGACAUCAGAGAAACCACACAGGGAGCAGACCGUAUGCGUGUGAAGAAUGUAGGAAAACCUUCCUCCACAAGUCCUCCCUCACCGUCCAUCAGAGGAGCCACACAGGCUACAAACCAUACUCGUGUGAGGAAUGCAGGAAAACGUUUUACAGUAAGUCACAUCUCACCGUUCAUCAGAGAACCCACACGGGCGAGAAGCCCUACGAGUGUAAGCUAUGCAAGAAGGCUUUUCACCAGAAGUCCUACCUCAACAGGCAUCAGGUAACUCACGAAAGCGAGAAACGGUUUCAAUGUCAAGAAUGUAGGAAAAUGUUUUAUCAUAAGUCGUCCCUCACCGUACAUCAGAGAAUCCACCUGAGGGAGCGCCUGUGAGUCUAAUGUGGGAAGCUUUGUGGGCAGAAACCAUCAGCAAGCAUCAGGCAAGGCACACGUUGAGAGUUUCCUAUAAAUGUGACUGUGGACAAUGUUUUUGCAAGAAGGGACACUUUUACAGGCGCUAAAAUGUAUACAGAAAGUUCUGUGUGGGGCAAGUUGGCUGUCUUCUCUGGAACACAGUCUCCAUUAUGUGGUCUGUGGGAGCAUGAAACAGCCGUGUGUGUGUGUGUGUGUGUGUGUGUGUGUGUGUGUGCACGCAGGAGUGCACGUGAGAUGAUCACAACUUUCAGCCAUGCCCACAGAAAUAUUUUUUUUUCUUCCUCCCCAAGUUCCCAUGAGCUCUGGGCCUGAGAUGAAUGUGACCUGUAAGGUAGCCUUGACCAAAUCCAUUGUCAGAAAGCCCCCAAUUUAAGAGAAAUAGAACUGACUGGAAAUAGCUCAUUUUUGUCCCCAAAUACUCUUUUUCUCAGUUUGAGGACUUUCUCAAGCCGUGGUGCAUGGUACUUUUGGAAGAAUGCACUGACUCAAUACAACUGGGAGAACUUACAUGCUCUUUAAUAUUUCAGUUUGUACACAAGGGAAAUUUGUGCAGAUCGAGAAAGUUUAUCAGAGAUGUUUCAUUGAACAAUUUGAAUAAAUCAAAUACAAAUAAGUUAACAGGUGAAACUUUGAACAAAACUUAUGUGUCAGAAGUUUGUAAUGAAGGAAAACUAUCAGUCUUUGUAAUUUUAAUAUUAACUUUCAAGUGGAGUCACACAUGUGCCAAUAAAGUGACAUUAUCUGUCAAAGCGCAUUGUAUCUGGGAACAUUUGUGGCUAUUGUAACUGGAGGUUGGGGUUGCUACUGGCAUGCAGUAAUAAGGCCAGCCGUGUUGUUUAAACAGUUUGUACUGCACAAAACAUUCCCUCAUUCGCCUACAUAUUUGGGUGUUUUAUAUUAAUGAAAAAUUCCUUGAUGGGACCUAGAUUAAUUACAGGAAAUGUGUUCGCUGUGUAUAUGUCUUGCUUUGUUGAACAGGGACUGAAGUACAAGUGUAGCCUAGUGGUAAAAUGCAUGUGUGACAUUCAUGAGUCCCCGGUUUCAGCCUUCCUUUACAUGCAUAAACUAAAACCUAAAAAAUCUCCACAUCAAAUACCAUUCUGGCACGUGUUCAUAUUUUCUCAUAUAUCAUCCUAUGUACCUUCUCCACUUUGAGCCAGUGUAAAUAAGUAUGUGUGGGCGUUGCUAUUUAACUAAGCAACACUUUCUACUGUGCAAAGCUAACAUAAAGCCUACCAGUUGAUCUAAUGGAAAUAGUAUCUGUGUAGAAAUGAACAAAUGAAGUCCCUGAAUUGUUCACAGCUGACAGAGCCAUGAGCAACAAUUCAUUGUUCAUUUACUUGUGCCUCCCCAUUUCCUACACUCCGCCCUCCAUAUGAAACCAUUGAACAGAACCUAUCCUAGGUUUCUCCAGGACUGUUUUAACUUACCUAGUUCUCAUUGAACACUACUGUGCCACUAACAGCACAAGUCUUGUCACUACACAUUUUGCUCUAGCCCUAAAGAUGUAUACGUAACUGACUUGAAUAAAGCACUUUGUGUAUAA